AUGGAAACACGAAUUGAAGCGGAAAAUUUCCUUAAUAAGCAGUAUUCACGCAUAAUGCGUCAAAUUAAAAACUUUAAAAUAUUUUAUAGACCAGAAGUCAGUAGCGCAUUUGAGAGAGAAAGUACAGCACCAUGCGUAUCACCAGAGGUUUCAGAUCCUGAUGUUCCAGAACAAAUUCUGUUUCAGUUCCAUCGAAAGAACAUUCCUUUCAUUGACACUGACAGCUUAACAUCUCUUAUGGUGCGAGAUGGAAUUUCAGAUGGAUCUAGAAUUGAAGUGAUAAUUGCGCCAAAAGAAGAAAUAACAUCCAGUGAAGAAAUACGAGUUCCACUUCUAGCAGCGGCAAAAGUCACAAAGAGGAAGCGAUCUUCCAAUUUAGGAGUACGAAAAUUGCUUAGCGCAGUUCGUACAGGGAGUAUUCAUAGGGGUCGUCGCCGUAGAACUUCUAUCAAAUCUCGAUCAGAAAAUCGAGCCCGCAAGGCUCUGCGCACGAUUACUUUUAUAUUGGGGACGUUUACAAUAUUGUGGACGCCAUUUUAUAUAUUGGCUACGAUAAUUGGGUUCUGCAAUUCGUGCAAGGAAUCGAAAAUUUUCAGUCUUUCUUAUUCAAUCAGUUAUUAUUUAUGCUAUAUGAAUAGUCCAAUCAAUCCAUUUUGCUAUGCAAUGGCGAAUCAACAAUUUAAGCGAACUUUGACUAGGAUUUUUAAAGGAAAUUUCAAAAGAACCUGA